AUCAUUUUAAUUUUUUUUUUUCUACUUUUGGGAACAAAGAAUUUUAGCCUAAACACAAUGUUGGUGGACCUCACGUCAAGUGAUGAAACUUACAUAUAAUUUUUGUAUUGUAGUUAAUAAAUUCGUUGGUAUAUUUAUUGGUAUUCUUAGCAUUAUUGUUUUUAAUAUAAAUACACAUUGCUAUUUUUUAUUUAUAUCAAUACCGCCCGUAUAGACUAGUACAAACUUACCAAUAGAUGCAUUUUUUUCCCCUUUAAUUUUGCAGGAUUCACAUUAAACACAGAAAUGAUUCAGUUAGGGCAGGCAAUUGUCAAGCAUUGUGGUGGUGUACCAUUGGCCAUUGUGGUAUUAGGAGGACUUUUGGCAACAAAAUGCACACUAAACGACUGGAAAGAGGUGAAUGAAAACAUUAGUUAUGACUUAGGUAAGGGCAAAGGCCGAGCAGGAGUCCCAGUAACAGAAAUUUUAGCCUUAAGCUACCAAGACUUGCCUUACCAUCUUAAGGCAUGUUUUUUGUAUUUGAGCCAUCUUCCUGAAGAUCAUGAUAUUCGUGCAAAAAAACUGAUUCAAAUGUGGAUGGCUGAAGGCAUUGUGUCGCCGUCAUCGAUACCAACACAAGUAGAAGUAAAAGCGAAAACAAUGUUGGAUGUUGGAAUGAGUUACUUGGGUGAGUUAGUCCAGAGAUGCAUGGUUCAAGUCGAAUUAACAAGCUUCAGAAAAAGGAUCAAAUUUUGUCGCCUCCACGAUCUCAUGAGAGACUUGUGCUUGUUGAAGGCCAAAGAGGAGAAUUUUCUUGAGAUUGUUCGCAUUAAAGCCUUUGGUCAUCAGCUCGCGUGGGCAGACUCUGCGCCGCCUUCUUCAUCAUCACCAUUAACAACAGUUCGUAGACUUGCUGUGUACUAUUUGAAUGAUUGUGAUGCCAACUCUAUAGAAAGUGAAAAUGUUAUUCCCCUAUCUGGACAUGAAAUGAAGAAUCACAACCAUAUCCGAUCAUGCCAAUUUUACUCUUUUGGCCAUGAAUUGGAAAGUUCUGGUUGGCAAAAAUUAAAAUUACUCUUGAAGGGUCUCACAUUGCUUACCGUUUUAGACCUGGAAAGAAUUAUUUUACCUGGGGGAAGAAUGAAGUUUCCGAGAGCAAUAGGAAAGCUAAUUUACUUGAGGUAUUUCAGUAUAAGACAUUCUGAAAUUGGAAGUUUGCCUUCUUCUAUAGGCAACUUGGGAUUCCUCCAAACCCUAGAUUUAAGGGGACGGGGGAGUUUAAGAAUACCCAAUGUCUUGUGGAGGUUGAAAAAUUUGAGACAUCUAUAUCUUCCUAGAAGAAUCAAGCUGUCUUGCAUAGGUAAGUUGCGAUUGGAUGGUUUAAGCAAAUUGGAGACGCUAGAAAACUUUGAUGCAAGGGAGUGUGAUGUCAGAUGCUUAUCUAAACUGACAAAUCUUCGAAAAUUCAGUGGUGAGGUAGCCCCCAAAGACUUGGUCGUGAUGUUGAAAUCCCCAAUCCUCAACAAUUCAAACCGCCUUCUCCAAUAUUCGUCCUUCAGCAUUAGAGGAGAUUUCCGAACGGAAGAAGAACAAAGCCUUUUAAGGCAACUUUUAGGAUGCCACCAUCUACGCAAAUUGGAAUUACAGGGGUCCCUGAAUCCGGUUAAGAAAUUGGCAGACCAAUUCCCUCCAAAUCUCACCAAGUUAUGGUUGAGGCAUACUGAACUAGAGGAAGACCCAAUGCCAACAUUGGAGAAGUUCCCCAACUUAAGGACUCUCUGCUUAUUAAAGGAUUCCUACAUUGGGAAGGCGAUGGUUUGUUCUUCUGGACCAUCCAGCAUCAGCGGUGGAGGAGGAGGAGGGGGCUAUGGCGGCUGUGAUGGUGGAGGUUUUCCGAAACUCAUAUCUUUAGAGCUCUGGAAUAUUGAAAACUUGGAGGAGUGGAGGGUGGAACAAGGAGCCAUG